GACCUAGAGGAACCCCUUAGGAUGAAGCUAAGUCUUACCAAGGUGGUUAAUGGCUGUCGCCCAGGAAAAAUAAAAAACCUAGGCAAAACAGGGGACUGCACCAUGGACAUUCCAGGCUGCCUUCUGUACACCAAGACUGGCUCCGCCCCACACCUGACCCAUCACACAGUGCACAAAAUCCACGGGGUUCCUGCCACGGCUCAGCUUACACUGUCAUCACUGGCAGAACAUCAUGAAGUCUUGGCGGAAUAUAAAGAAGGAGUUGGAAAGUUUAUAGGCAUGCCAGAAUCACCCUUGUACCGCUCCCUGCAUGAUCCAGUCAGCCCUUGCCCAGCUGGUUAUGUAACAAAUAAGUCGGUGCCUGUGUGGGGUGUUGGAGGACGAGUGGAAAUGACUGCCUCCAAGUUCACGGCAAUUCAGCAGGCCCUUCAGCCAGACGGGUUCCAGUGCCUGUCAGAUGGAGAGGCAACUUGUGAUGAAGCCACUUCCAUAAAGAGAGCCAGAAAGUCUGUUGACCGAUCGCGUCUAUUCCUGGAUAAUUGUCUGAAGCUACAGGAAGAGUCAGAGGUCCUCCGGAAAAGUAUGAUCAUUGGAGUGACUGAAGGUGGAGAUGUGAUGGAGGAGAGGCUGAGGUCAGCACGAGAGACAGCCAAGCGGCCUGUAGGUGGCGUCCUUCUGGGUGGCUUUCAAGGGACUCCAACAACCCUAAAGACUAGACUGCACUUUGCCACCACGACUCACCCGCGGUGCUGGCCACCGGAGCACAGACCACGACUCAUCUGCGGUGCUGGCCAGCCGGAUGAGGCGCUUGAGCGUAUUGAAAGAGGAGUGGACUUAUUUGAGAGUUUUUUCCCUCAUCCAGCAACGGAGCGGGGAUGUGCCCUGACUUUCAGCUUCGAUUAGCGGCCGAUUCCUGAAGAGAGAUUAUUGCAACAAAAUGGGACACAGGAAGAAGUAAGAUAUGUGGAUCAAACAAAGAAAAGUAAGACAACCAGCUGCACCCAAGAAGUGACAUCAUUUGAAAUUAACCUGAAGGAAAGAAAAUACCAGGAGGACUUCGACCCGCUCGUGAGAGGGUGUCGCUGUUACUGCUGUAAGAAUCACACCCGGGUGUACAUCCACCACCUGCUGGUGACCAACGAGCUGUUGGCUGGAGUCCUGCUUGUGAUGCACAACUUUGAGCACGGCUUUGGAUUUUUCCAGGCCGUCCGGGAAGCGCUAAAGGGUGGCCGACUGGCACAGUUGAAAGAGCUCGUCCACAGGCAAAAGCAUCUCGAGACCCGGUGCGCACGACCCGACUCUCCACGUUGA